AUGGAAUUCAAGUGCAUUGAUGAACUGGCGAAUAACGACUACCGUAGGAACGAUUAUCAUUUCAACGAAACUUGCCUAAUCACCAUUUCAACAGCUGUUGUAUCUGGAGCAGGUGUGGAAUGUGGCAAUUCGGGAACGGGGCUUGUCACGCUGAAAACAGUAACUGUCAACUUAGUAGCUGGGUCGGUCGAAUCGGAAGCAGAACUAGUCAAUUUUGAAGCGGGGCCAGUUAAGUUGGAAAUGGGCACUGGAUCUGUAACUGGCUCAUCCGCUGCGCUUCUUUUCUUUCUGGGGUACGCAGCUCCCGUAUUGAACGGUGAAAUCUGUCCACCUUGCGGAACUCCUUGCGAAAAUAACGCGGGUUGCGGUACAAUAACACCGGGUUGUGUGUAUACAGGUUGGCCACCAGCGCUGACCCCUACAGGUGCCGCUGCUUGUGCUGGUGGUGUGUUGCUUGGACCACACGCAGUGCUAAUUUUAGCAGCUACUGCGAGAAAAACAACAGUACUAAGCAUUCUUCCAGUCCCACUUUUCACCUGA